UAUUAGGGCUGUCAAAAUAAACGCGUUAAUAACGCGUUAACGCAAAUUCAUUUUAACGCCACUAAUUUUAUUAACGCGCGAUUAAUGCAACGCGCGAUUUAUGUUUGACCCUUGAUCUAGCCCGUAGUUGAAACAAUUGAGAGACGCAGGCUUAAUAGACAGUAAAUUGUGCAGCAGCAUACAGAAAUGGAGGUAGGAAAGGGUCUUCUGAACGGAAAAUUCAUUUAUAAAAUGAUGGCUGAUGGUUCUGUCGACAAGACAAAAGUUAUCUGCACUUAUUGUCGAUGUGAAUUAAGUUAUCACCGCAGCUUGUCGAGUUUAAAAUAUCACUUGAUGGCGAAGCAUACAGCCGAUGCAGACAGCACCCCUCCCCCUCGCCAAACGCAGACCACACUGACUAGUUUGCAGCGGAGACCGAUGGACAACUCAACAAGGAACAAAGUCACUACAGCAAUAGCUAAAUGGGUGGCUACAGCUUGUAGGCCAGUUAAUGUAGUGGAGGACGAGGGUCUACUUGAAAUUAUCCACAUCGCAUCUAACAAUUAUACAUAUGAACUACCUUCGAGAGCCACCAUUACAAGUAAGAUUCACAAUAUCUACGAAGAGGAGAAAACUAAAAUUGAAGAGGCACUGAGACAGACAAACACGGUGGCGCUUACCGGAGAUUACUGGACUUCCCUUAGUAACCAUAGUUACCUGGGAGUCACGGCACAUUAUUUUGACACACACUGGAAUCUUCAGUCACAUGCUUUAACCGUUAUGAAGACAGAAGAACGACACUAUGCUGACGUUUGCGCUGAGCACUUUAUGCAGGUAGCCAGACAGUGGAACAUUGAACUAAAAAUUAGCACACUGACCACAGAUGGUGCACGCAAUAUGAUUGCAGCUGCCAGGCAACUCCCGUUCGAUCAUAUGCCUUGCACUGCACACAGCCUCCACCGAGCUAUCACAGUAUCGCUUCAGAACAGCCCAUUUGACAGCGCUUUGGCAAAAUGCAGGAAGGUAGUGGGGCAUUUUAAGCAUAGCCCAGCAAACGCAGCCGAGCUCGAACAGCAGCAGGUUGCACAUCAUCAAAAGAAAGAGUCACUCACACAAGAGGUGUCAACUAGAUGGAACAGCACACUGGAAAUGAUUUCGCGUGUUCACAGAAAUCAAGAGCCAUUGAGAGAUGCACUGGCGCUACAUGCAAAUAACAUCAACAUGCCAACAACAGCUGAAAUGGAAAAACUGAAGAGGUUGGAGAAUGUGCUGGAACACUGCAGGUAUGUGAGUGAACUUCUAGGGGGGGAGAAGUUUGUUUCUUGCUCAGUUGUGCUGCCAGCGUUGUGUCAUCUAUCACGUGUGAUGGAGGUCUCAGAAGAUGAUCCAGGAUACAUGAUUAAGUUUAAGGAAACUUUCACAACAGACAUGGACAAAAGGAAGGACAAAACCAACAUCACAUGGCUGAGGGUUGCAACAGCACUGGACCCUAGGUUUAAGGACCUCAAAUGUCUGAGCAGGGCUGACAGAGCUGAGGUUUGGAGUUCAAUCUGUGCCUUGCUCCGGGAGAGGGGGGACGGGCUUGCACAGCGAGAUAAACCAGUGCUAGCUGAGCCACUUAAAAAGAGAUCAUGUCUCAUGUCUGCGCCGGACUCUUCAUCUGAUGAUGAAGAUGACUGUAUUGAAAAAUGUGUGGAGCGCUACAAGGCAGAGCCCUCUAUUGGCAUAGAGGACUGUCCCAUGCAGUGGUGGUCUAAACAUGAAGGGGCACACAGUGAGAUGGCCUACCUUGCACGCAGAUACUUAGCAACACCUGCCACAUCCAUACCUUGUGAAAGAUUGUUUUCACUGUCAGGGCAUGUUGUUCAAAAAAAGCGAGCUGCCCUGUCAUCUGAAAAUGUUAACAGGCUUGUCUGUUUGAGCAACUGGCUUAGUGCAAAGAAAGAGAAGUAAAGGGAACCUGUGUUUUUAUUUUUCCUUGUGUUAAAUAGACAUGAACAAGUUCUUUGAAAAACAUGUCUACCAUAUUUAAAACAUGCUAUGUUCUGUAAGCUCUGUUUAGGGUGAUUCAAAUAAUAAUAAAUGUACAUUUUGCGUGUUCAGAAGAAUUAAGCUGCCCUGUAAUCUGAAAAUGUAAACUGCAACUGUAAAUUGCUCAGUGCAAAGAAAAAGAAGUCAUUUAAAUCUGUGUUUUUUCUAUCUUUUCUGUAUUUUGUUCCCUAUGUGUUUGAUAGACACGAACAAGUUCUUUAAAAAGCAUCUCUACCAUCUUUGAUACAUGUCUAUGUUGUUUAUGUGGAGUAUGGUUUCACUAAUAAACAUACAUUUCCAUAAAACAUCUAUAUUUGUCCAUACCCAUGUUUAGUAGAGUAUUCAAAACUUGAAAAUUGGUAAAUUUAGAACAGAUAAAAAUGUGCGAUUAAAAUGCGAUUAAUCGCGAGUUAACUCAUGAAAUCAUGCGAUUAAUCGCGAUUAAAAAUUUUAAUCUAUUGA